AAGAAAAAAAAAAAAAAGAGAGAGAGAGAGAGAUGAUGUGUUCAAGAGUGAGUAACCGUAUUGUGCGGUGCGCAUCAGGUGGCGAAAACAGUUAUCCCGCCAAAUUACAACCGUCAUGUUUGUCAACUGUUAAGUUUCGCUCCAACAAGCCCAACGACCAUGCUUCUUCAGAUGUUUCAAGUAGCAGUAGGAGAGCGGUCAUAUUCAGCAGCAUAGCUACGUUGCCAUGUCUUCUUCCCCUCACUCAUAUAUUUGGUUCUCUUCAAGCUAACGCCAUGCCACCAGGUACAAAAGAAUAUCUUCUGAUUAAAGAAGAGUUGAGGAAGGUAUUGACAAAGGGAAAGGCUGCAGGUGUGCUUCGUUUGGUUUUCCAUGAUGCUGGAACUUUUGAAAUUGAUGACAACACAGGUGGUAUGAAUGGUUCUAUAGUCUAUGAACUUGAAAGACCUGAAAAUACUGGUCUGAAAAAAUCAGUAAAGGUUCUACAAAAAGCAAAGACUCAGAUAGAUGCUAUCCAUCCAGUAUCCUGGGCGGACGUUAUUGCUGUGGCUGGAACUGAAGCAGUUGAAGUAUGUGGAGGUCCUACUAUCACAGUUUCGCUCGGCAGACAAGACUCGCCGGGGCCUGAUCCUGAAGGGAAACUUCCUGAGGAAACUCUUGAUGCUUCUGGUUUGAAGAGAUGCUUCCAUAAAAAAGGAUUUUCAACACAAGAACUAGUAGCUUUGUCUGGAGCCCACACUCUUGGAAGUAAAGGUUUUGGAAGCCCUACUUCUUUUGACAAUUCAUAUUAUAAGGUUCUUUUGGAGAAGCCAUGGACGCCUUCUGGUGGUAUGUCGACUAUGAUUGGUCUUCCUUCAGAUCACGCACUGGUUGAGGACGAUGAAUGCUUAAGAUGGAUUAAAAAAUACGCAGAGAAUGAGAAUAUGUUCUUUGAAGAUUUCAAAAACGUGUAUGUCAAGCUGGUGAAUUCUGGUGUGAAGUGGAAUAGCUUAUAAAUCAGGAGUUGAAAGUUCCAACUCAAGGGACAGCUUGUUUUUUAUUUGAGAGUUGUACUAAGAUUUUGAACAUCAAGAUUUACUACCCCAAAAAGUUAACCAAAGUAUUUACAUCAAGGGUGAUUAACUUUGUGUAUCAAAGUGUUUAUAUUAAUUUGUUGGUCUGAUGGACAUGCUUCGUUCUUCUAA